AUGAAGAACAUAACCUCCCUCCUCUCCACCCUCAUAACCGCAAACCACAUCCUCUCCCACCACGCCGUCCUCGACCCCUUUGGCCACAUCAGCGUCCGCAACCCAAACACCAACACCACUUUCUUCAUCGCCCUGCAGAUUGGUAAACACCCAUCUCACCUGCCCAGCGACCGUCUCCUCCCCCGCUGA